AUGCCUUCUCCUCACUUGGAGUCAGGCAUCCUCCCCAGUGCAAACUCACUCCCAACUCCUGCAUCACCCAAACACAUCCCAGCAAUUGGGAGGAUCCAAGUAAACAAGACCUUCUACAAGGUGCUCAAUGUAUUAUUCUUGAGCACAGGCUUUCUAGGAAGGGGUACUGUUUGUUACCUUGCAUGCUACAAUGGGGAAUACUAUGUCAUCAAGGAUUAUUGGGUGGAGGAGUCGGAGCAGAGGACAGCCCUGCAUGAAGUCAGCAUGAUGAAGCUGGUCCAGGACAUCGAUGGAGUUCCCAAGUUGCAACACUACUGGGUCAUCGAGGUUGAGCUGGGCAUUCAGGCUCUCAAGAGGGGUAUCCUCCAUCAAGAUUGUAGCAUCAACAAUAUGAUGAUCGAGGACUUUGCAAAUGGGUUGCACAGCUUUCUCCUCAACUGGGAAUUUGCUGUACAGAUCACAUUACAGGGGGAAUAUGACUUGGGUGGCACAUAUGCAAAGGGGACAGUCCCCUUCCUUUCAGUGAAUAUCCUUUGCCAACUCAAGAAAGCCAUCACUAAAAGUGGAAAGACUAAUGUCCCAUUGAUCCAGAAAAGCACCUCUCUCACCCACAUAUUCAUCAAUCACCCUACUACUAUACACCAUACAUUUGCAGAUGAUAUUGAAUCCCUGUUCUAUGUUUUCAUCUGGAUCCUCAUCCUUUAUGAUGGGCCACUUGGCCACAAACAUCAAGAUAGUGAAAAGGUGGCCAAAGAUCUUGAAAUUGCCAGAUGCACCAAGUUCACAUUCCUUAAUGACCCAUCUGAAUCGAGGCUGGAUUCUGAGGUCUUGCAAUAUUUUCAAGAUCUAAUCCCUCUGGCUAAUGAGUGGUGCAUAUUGCUUGGGCAGUCCCUGCUGAGCAGAACUGCAGUGCAGUUCUCUGACAUUAUCUCCCUUUUUGAUCGUUUCUUGGCCAGCAUGCCAUAUGAGAAACCACUGGAGAUGACAAAUGCAUUCCAGCAGAUCAUCACCCAGCACAAAGCACUUAAUUCAAGCAUGCAUCCAAGUCAGGAGAAUGAUAUGGAUGUUAUGUCUUCAGCAAUUAUGUCUUCUAAAUGCCUUUGUGAAGAGGUAAGGAGCAUGGAUAACCCUCCUAUACCCAAUAGACGCUUCAAAGGAAGCCCACCCAUUGAUCUCAAAGACUCUCAGUCUAUUGCCACAGUGGGACUCCAUUGUAGCAGAAGGGCAGGGGCAGGUUCAGGUGGAAGGGCUGAGCAAUUGGAGCAGAUUGGUACUGCCCUUGAAGGCCAAGCUACACAGCCACAAAAGUCAACAGAUCUCCCCAACAAUUCCAUUGUAAAUUCUCUUGCACCUCCACCCACUCAGCAGAAAAAGGGUGGGGGCUGCAGUGCUGGCCAGAAUGCAAAACUGAAGUCCAAUGUCACCCCACCACCCUAUGUGCCUCCCAUUGUGAAUGGUCCUAGCCCAGCUGAUAUGCCUCCAAAUCCCAUCCCUCAGUCUUCAACAGCAGUAGCAACACCUGUCUUCCAUCAGUGCCCCACAGACUCCCAUCACUUUGGUUUCAGUGUUCUGGCUCAACAGCCAGGUCAUAUUGCGCCUCCUGGGAUGGAACCUGACCUUCAAGUGCUCAAUAAUCCUUAUAUCGCUGUGAUUCAGGGAGACCAAGUUCCCAGUAAUACAUCUCAUCCACCAACACCCCAGCCCAACUACCAGUCUCAGUUUAUCCCCCACCAGCCACCUGCUACCAUCCCCAACUCUUGUAUUGACCCCUCCCUUGAUAGCUCGCUCUCAUCAAGACAAACUUUGGCAACUGCUGACGUUUGCCACAAGAGUUCAGAGAAGCUGUCAUCAGAGGGCUCCUCAGAAGAGGAGUCGGAGUCCUCAAGUAAUAACCCAUUGGAUGCAGAGGCUGGUGAGGUCUCCAGCGAUGAGUUUGACAAAGAUGAGGACAAUGCAUUUGGAUGGGGUGCAAUGAAUCUUAGGCAAUCAACUCCUCCUGGCUUCUCCCAAGAAAUGACAACAAGCAAUCCUAUUUGCCACAAUUCCUUACCCCCUGACCAUGAGUUUCAGUACUCACAUGAUGAGGAUGACAAUGUGGCUCUGCAAAGCUUACAAUCCAAGGACAAGGCUCAGCCAGAGGGUUCCCAAUGUGGCACUGUUGUCAAUGUUCUUGAAUGCCACCAUUGCACUAACAGCUGUCCUGUUCCUGAUCGUGAUCUUCUGACCCUUGCACAUGACUCAGUCAACAAAGUAUCUCAGCAUGCCAGAGCCCCUCAUAACUCCAAGAAAGCUAAGGAUGAGGGCCCAUUGCCUUCACAACUGAGAUUUUACAAGGCAGUAUGGAAGGACUGUCUCAAAGAUGCUAAGCAAGAAUGUAGGGCUGCACAUGCACUUUCUAACCCAUUCCCAUCAAAAUCUCACAACCUCAACCUCUCCAUAACAGAGGUGCUUGUCACUGUCAUUGUUGAGUGGAAUCAAUGCAGUGUGCAAUUUGAAGAUGCAAGAUAUGGUGUGCCUCCUCCUUGGUGA